AUGGCCGGAUUCCCGGGCCGGUACGCCAGCGCCGCGCAGACAAUUGGCGCGCAAAUAGCCAGUUUCCUUCGCGUCCUUCAACCAAGCACCGGAGCCGCCUACAGCGCUCGUCUCCCACCCACCCACCCUUGGCACUCCGGCUUUUUCUUGCACUCCAUUCUUCGGGUUCUCAUUGUGGUCUUGAUCCCUUGCUUUUCUCGACUACUCGCGCUGCUUCAUGUCUUCAAGCCUGUAAGGUCAUCAACAUCUUCAGCGGCUUUACAUUCGCAGCACCCUCGCGUGACACUCCCGCAAGCGCACUGCAAAUGGGGGGGCUCCCCUGGGGGGAGUAGAUCCGGGAGGCAGCGGCGAGGAGGACACGACGAGGCGCGAUGCCUCCGCACUUUACCCCCUCUCAGCCACUAUAGAGGUCAGGUACGGGUGAUGCAUCCCCUCGGGGCCGGAGCGGAGCGAUGGCCAGUGCGAUGCAUAGCAAGCACUCAGAGGUCAGAGGCAGUACUGAGGAGGAACAACAAGGACACGGUACAUCCCCUCCUGGACCGGAGCGGAGUGACGGUCAGAGCGAGCCUUGGCGAGCACUCGGGAGAUGAUAACCUCCGUGGAUGUCAAGACAGCAGGACACAUCCCCUCGGGGCCGGAGCAUAG